AUGGGCACAGUGACCAUCGAGAACGCCCAAGCACACGCAACUAGUCAGCCGACGGUCGGCCGACUGUCGGCCGACCGUCGGCCGACCUUGACCAUCGAGAAUGCCCAAGCACACGCAACUAGUCAGCCGACUGUCGGCCGACCGUCGGCCGACCUUCCCAGCUACUACCAGGUCUGGAUAUACCACCUGUAUGAGACGCUGAUGGCCUCACAGCAGCAGAUGAGCCAGCAUAUGCGCGCUGCAGGCACCCAAGUGACCUUCCCUCAAGCCGCCCAGGACCCCGCUGCUUGA